CUCCGUUGAGUUUUUUUUUUUCCCCCCAGCAAUGGCAUCCGGCCUGGGGAGGCUGCUGUUGCGGGGGCCUCGCUGCCUCCUGGCCCCGGCCGCCCCCACUCUCGUCCCGCCUGUUCGGGGCGUGAAGAAGGGAUUCCGCGCCGCCUUCCGCUUCCAGAAAGAGUUAGAGCGCUGGCGCCUGCUCCGGUGCCCGCCGCCGCCCGUGCGCCGUUCAGAGAAGCCCAACUGGGAUUACCAUGCUGAAAUAGAAGCGUUUGGACAUCGGUUACAGGAGACCUUUUCCUUAGAUCUUCUCAAAACUGCAUUUGUUAAUAGCUGCUAUAUUAAAAGUGAGGAGGCCAAGCGCCAAAACCUUGGAAUAGAGAAAGAAGCUGUUCUUCUGAAUCUUAAAGAUAAUCAAGAACUCUCUGAACAAGGGACAUCUUUUUCAAAAACUUGCCUCACACAAUGUCUCGAGGAUGCAUACCCAGACUUGCCCACCGAAGGCAUUAAGAGUCUCGUUGACUUUCUCACUGGUGAGGAAGUGGUGUGUCAUGUGGCCAGAAACUUGGCCGUGGAGCAGUUAACACUGAGUGCAGAAUUUCCAGUUCCCCCGCCUGUUUUACAGCAGACUUUCUUCGCAGUAGUUGGAGCCUUGCUGCAGAGCAGUGGCCCUGAGAGGACUGCUCUUUUCAUCAGGGACUUCUUAAUUACUCAGAUGACUGGAAGAGAACUCUUUGAGAUUUGGAAGAUAAUAAAUCCCAUGGGGCUACUGGUAGAAGAACUGAAGAAAAGGAAUAUUUCAGCUCCUGAAUCUAGACUUACCAGGCAGUCUGGAAGCACCACAGCUUUGCCUGUGUUUUUUGUUGGCUUGUACUGUGAUAGAAAGCUGAUUGCGGAGGGACCUGGGGAGACCGUGCUGGCUGCGGAAGAAGAAGCUGCUCGCGUGGCGCUCCGGAAGCUCUACGGGUUCACGGAGAACCGCCGGCCCUGGGACUAUUCCACACCCGGAGGGAAUUUCAGAGCAGAGAAGCUACCCGGCUACCCGGCCAAGCAUGUGGCAGCCUGAGGUCUGCGAGCCAGGCAGUGAGACACAGGUCAGAGAUGCUCACAGCUGGACGUUGUUCAGAUUGUAAAGGAAUGGGUCUUAUUCCUCAUCACGAGUUCCUAAAAUUAAACAAAUAUUCAUCAGGUCAGUGAUUCUUUUUUUUUUUUUUCAUUUUUUUUUGUCAAAAGUCUUUUUAGAUGUCUUCCAGUAAAUUUUUUCUGAAGUCUUUGAUUUUAUUACCGUAUCUCACACGUAUAGUUAGGCGUAUUUUAUUCCUUUCCGGCUUCAUCAUAGUUUAGGUAUGUGUUUCAUGCGAACUUUAAUGCCAAUAAAAAAGUCAUUCUCUAAA